UCAACCGAUCGGAAAAAAAAUGUACUAAGAGGACUUAAUGUUUCCAGUAAUAUGCCAUCUGCAAAUUACCUCUCAGAAACUCGUUAUAAUUUUUGUAGCUAUAAGUCCCUAAGCCUAAAGAUGAGUUAUGACAAUGAUGCGAUGUCAGUUCGCCGUGCAGUCAUGACGUCCAUCGUGUCCGGCGCAUGCGUGACACAUGGACGUUGGUGUGUACCACCGCCCCCCGGUCGCCCUUGCCCUGUUUCUUCGGAUGACUCAGCGACGACUUGCGACGAUUGGAUCGGAAUCGGAUCAUCAAGAACGCCGUACGAUUUGAAAACGAAAUGCGCGUUGAAAAAAAAAAACAGUAUAAUCCAUUACAUUGUACGUUCAAACAAUAAUUGCUGCGAGUCGAUUUGUCGCGCCGCAGAUACAGGUUGUUGUUGUUGCGUACACCAUUGCAAUACACCGCCGUACAAUUCGUCGCACCGAUGGUUGCGAUCAACUCGCCCAACUGCAAACGUCACGGAGAAAACAGCAAAGCAAACGCUUUCUUUCGAGUUUCGGCGAUUAUGUUUACACAGUUACAAAUUACGCGCGUAAUCUACUACACAUUACGACGUAGAACUUCUGCCAACGGUUUUUGUUGAAAUAUUGUUUGUUUUUUUU